AUGCCUACCAAGCUACCAUUCACCCUCAAUGACCUAUCCCUCUUCCAUGAGGCCUCACUCUUGAACGGAGAAUGGGUUCAAGCUAAAUCUGGGGACAACCUCUUGGCAGACCCUGGAUCUUGCAGAGUGUGGGCAUCUUGCGCCAACAACAACGUCGCCGACGUAGACCAAUACGUCGAGUCGUCACAAGCCGCGUUUGAAAGCUAUCGUUUCAUCAACCCACGUCGACGGGCCCAGAUCCUGCUUAAAUGGCACGAGCUGAUCACUGUUGCACGCGAAGAUAUCGCCAAACUCAUCGUUUUUGAAACCGGCAAGCCAUGGGUAGAGGCUGUCGGGGAGGUCGACUAUGCACUCGGCUUCGCUUGGUGGUUCGCAGGUGAAGCUGAGAGAGUCCGAGGCUCUGUUGCAAUUCCCUCCGUGUCCGACCGCCGUACAUUUGUCAUCAAGCAGCCUAUUGGAGUAUGCGUUGCUCUUGUUCCUUGGAACUUCCCGGUUGCUAUGAUCAUCAGAAAAGUAGCUGCAGCCCUAGCUGCGGGAUGCUCCAUGAUCAUAAAGCCCUCACCUGAGACCCCUUUGAGCGUCAUGGCCUUGGCUGAUCUUGCCCUUCGUGCAGGCGUGCCGCCUGGAGUGGUCAACGUCAUCUCGACGGACAACAAUAACACUCCUUCUGUCAGCGAGAGGCUCUGCAAGCACCUGCUUGUGCGCAAGGUUACAUUCACUGGAAGUACCAACGUUGGGAGCAUCGUCGCGAAGCACUGUGCUGAGGGCGGUCUGAAGAAGGUAACCAUGGAACUCGGAGGUAAUUGUCCAUUUAUCGUGUUUGAUGAUGGCGAUUUAGACCGAGCUAUCGCUGCUUUGAUGAUUCUCAAGUGGCGCACUGCUGGCCAAGCAUGCACACAUGCCAAUCGAGUUUACGUACAGAGCGGCGUUUUCGACAAGUUUGCCAAGCUAAUAACUGAAGCCACUGCAACCCUCAAUGUCGGCCAUGGUAUGGAAAAGGAUACGACCAUGGGCCCAUUGACUACAGGUCGCCAGGUCGAAAAACUCAAGAAACACGUCUCUGAUGCUAUCGACAAGGGGGGCAAGCUCCUUUGUGGAGGUAGCGAACCCAACCUCAACGGCUAUUUUUUCAAGCCAACUAUCAUCUCGAAUAUGACCAAGGACAUGUUGACAACUAACGAGGAGGUGUUCGGGCCUUUACUGGGCCUAUACAAGUUUGAGACAGAAGAAGAGGUAGUUAAGCUGGCGAAUGAUACCUCCAUGGGUCUAGCAUCCUACUUCUUCACCAGGGAUGUUAGCCGAACGUGGCGAUUACUGGAAAGCCUCGAAGCUGGAAUGAUUGGCAUGAAUACUGGUAAUGCAUCUUGUGCGGAAUCACCGUUUGGAGGAAUAAAACAAUCAGGUUAUGGGAAAGAAGCUGGUAAGGACGUUGCGAUUGAAGAGUAUUUGGUGUCCAAGACUGGCACUUUGACCGUGGAGGGGGUACCAAUGCUGUGA